UCUUCUUCUUCUUCUCUUCGCUGCGGCUUCUCUCUGUGCCAAGAAGGUCCGUUGCCGUUGUGUUGUGUGUGUCCGACCAAAAUGCCAAUUUACAGCAUCAGAGGAAUCAAUGUUGAUUUCCCAUUCGAAGCGUACCAGUCUCAGAUCAUUUACAUGGACAGAGUCAUCGAGUCUCUUCAAAACAAAUGUCAUGCGCUCUUGGAGAGUCCUACUGGAACUGGGAAAACUCUUUGUCUUCUCUGUGCCACCUUAGCCUGGAGAAGGAGUCUGGGCUGUUUCUCUACCCGUAAGGAUCGAAAGAACACUGAGAUUCCUUGGAAAGAUUCAGACGACCUAAUGUCACAAUCUGGAAGAGGAGGAGGAGGAGGUUUUCCUACCAUUGUUUAUGCGUCCCGGACUCAUAGUCAGCUCCGCCAAGUGAUCAAAGAAUUAAAAAGAAGUAGCUACAGGCCUAAGAUGGUGGUGCUAGGAUCACGGGAGCAACUAUGCGUGAAUGAGGAAGUGAACUCCCUCCGUGGAAAGGCACUCACAAAUGCUUGCCAGUACCUUUGCAAAAAGCGCGGAAAACGCCAAUGCAACCAUUUUAAUCGGAUCCCAGAUUUUAUAAAGAAUAACCCUCAUAUUGGCGAUGAACCAGUUGACAUAGAGGAUUUGGUCAAUAUUGGAAAAGAUUCUGGACCAUGUCCGUAUUAUAUCACUAGAGAGGUUCACAAGGACGUGGACAUCAUAUUUGCACCUUACAACUACUUGAUCAGCAAUGGGUAUCGAAAGUUUUUGAAAGUCAACUGGAAUGAUAGUGUCCUGAUUUUUGAUGAAGCUCACAAUCUGGAAAGUUUAUGCGCAGACUCAGCUUCAUUUGACCUUCCUUCUGUGCUUUUAUCGGCUUGCAUUUCUGAAGCACAAGAAUGCGUAGAACUUGCAGCAGCUAGAAGGAAUUCAUUAAAUGAUGUGUCCGUGAACCCUGAGACUUUUGCCAUACUUAAAGGACUGCUUCUAAAGCUGCAGGAAUUAAUUUCUAAAGUGCCAAUUCCAAAAAAGGAUGAGGGAUUUACCAAGCCUGGGCCUUACAUAUAUGAAAUGCUUAAUAGUCUUAACAUUACUCACGAAACUGCUCCUAAACUCAUUGGUACUGUUGAGGAGGCUGCAGUGUUACUGGAGGAGGAGAAACAACGAACAGCGACCAAUAGUGGAAGCAAACUAGAAAUCAUUGCUGACAUACUUAAGCUCAUCUUCAGAGAAAAUGGAAGUAACCACGCAGAUGUUUACCGUGUUCAUGUACAGGAGCUUGAGCAAAGUCCUACUGAUGUGAUAAAAGGUAAGGUGUCAAGAACGCUGAGCUGGUGGUGUUUCAGUCCUGGGAUUACUAUGCUGGACAUAGCGAAAAAAGGUGUUGGGUCUAUUAUUUUAACAUCGGGGACCUUGUCUCCCAUGGAUUCAUUGGCUCAAGAACUAAAACUAGACUUUCCUGUUCGGUUGGAGAAUCCCCACGUUAUAUCCUCAAAUCAGCUAUGGGCUGGAGUUGUAAGUACUGGUCCAUCAGGGUACGUUCUUAAUUCUAGCUACCACAAUCGUGAUGUACCAGAGUACAAACAAGAACUUGGGAAUGCCAUUGUUAACUUUUCCCGAGUCGUGCCUGAAGCACUGCUGAUAUUUUUCCCUUCCUAUUACCUUAUGGACUCUUGCAUUUCAUUUUGGAAAAAUGGGUGUCAAAGAAACUCAAUGACAAUAUGGGAAAGAAUCUGCAAACUCAAGAAACCUGUCAUUGAGCCUAAGGAUUCAUCUCUCUUUCCUGCAGCAAUGCAGGACUUUUCAGAAAAAUUGCAAGACAAAUCAAGUUGGGGUGUGGUAUUUUUUGCCGUUUGUCGUGGUAAGGUCAGUGAAGGACUGGAUUUUGCUGACGGUGCUGGCAGAGCUGUCGUCAUUACUGGGUUGCCUUAUGCCAGGGUGACAGAUCCUAGGGUUAAAUUGAAACGAGAGUUUCUAGAUGACCAAUCACAACGUGCAGAUGUUAAGGUAUCAAGAUCAAACCUUCUAUCUGGAAGCAUGUGGUAUAGUCAAGAAGCCGCACGGGCUGUGAAUCAGGCAAUUGGACGUGUAAUCCGCCAUCGCCAUGAUUAUGGAGCUAUCAUCUUUUGUGAUGACAGAUUUGAACAGCCGUCCCAACAAUCCAAGAUAUCACUUUGGAUACGACCUAACGUCAAGUGCUACUCUAGAUAUGGAGAGGUUAUUUCUGACCUUGCUCGAUUUUUCCGGAUUGAACGAUCAAAUUUUCCUACAGGGCUUGGAACAGAACAAGAGAACAAUAUAGUUUCAACAUUGUUACCGAUGGAAACAAGCAAGGAUAAUCCUACACCAGCCUCUGGUAAUAGUAAUUUGAAAAACGUUGGGAUUUCGAAAAAUGAGUUGAGUAGACUGGAUGCAUUUCCUCCUGCAAAUCGGGUAUCACCCUUGGAGCGUGAUGGAAAUAAUAUAAAAUGGAAAGGCCUGACCAUUCUUAAACAUACGGGCAAGAUACCUCGCAUUGUUAAGGCAGAUGUUAUGCAGGGUUGUUCUUCACGGAAGGCUAAAUUAGUGGAACUAAGUGAUGAUGAGGAGACUCCGGUAGAGAGGAGAUGUGAAGUAGUCGAUCUAGAAUGCGACAACUGUGAUAAGCAGACUCGUGAAACAGAAGUGCUUGCAUCGAGCUCAUGUUUCAACACUAUGGGACUAAUAAAAAAGCGAAAGGUUCCAGAGAGUCAGGGAAGUGCAUCGUCAUCAGUGUUGACAGCGAAAGGAAAUGGAGGUGGUGAUAAAAAGGAAGCAAGUGCAUCUGCAUUUUUGAGUCAAGUCAAGGAAAAGCUCAACACAGAAGAAUAUAAGAAAUUUAUUGGAUACAUGCAAGCACUGAAGAAAAAGGAGAUUAAGUUAGCAAACGUGAUGCAGUCCAUUGUGCAACUGUUCUGUGGAAGAGAGAGGGAUCAUCUUCUCAUGGGAUUCAAGGACUUUGUGCCAGUAAAGUAUCGUCCUGCAUAUGAGGAAUGCAUUAAAACGAGAAAAAGAGAAGGCUGAUCAUCUUUGCAAACUCAAAUUAACAUUGUUACUCUGCUCUUCAUUCUUUUUGUAAGUAACACUAAAGAAGAAAGCAAUUUCUUUCUGUUUUGUUUUUGAACUGUAACAAAAGAGAAUGAAAAUUACAUAUUGCAUAAGAGUUAGUUGUCUCUCAUGAUCAUCCUCUUCUUCAGCCUCUCCCUGGCGGCGCGAGUACUGAGCGACCUCACAAGGCCUUUCCUGGUGAUCCUCUUCUCCUUCUCACGGAGGGCGAUGAUGAGAUCCACGAAUGCGCUAAGUAUGAACUUGUGUGACUUCUUGUCGUUGAGAUCUAGAUAGCAGAAGAGUAGCUCUUCCAUCAAGUCCCAAUCCACUUCCCUCUCCCGCAUCCCUAACUUGGACUCCAACAUCUCCACCAUCGACAGCCUGAAAUCAUCUUGCGGCUCAU